AUGAAACCCACAGAAGAAGAAGAAUGGCUUCCCCUGAAACGCAUGAUGAUUCUACGCACAGCAAUUAGCUUGUCACCCAGCUAGAAUGUUCUAGUACCGUUACAGUCUUGUACAGUAUUAAAGGGCAGCGAAAUAAAAAACAACUUUAACCUUGUGACAGUCGGAGUUUUGAACAAACAGCACAGAGCAUCAUGGCAGAAGACCAACGCAACAGGAGACAUCCCCAAAACCUCCAGGGUGUCCUUCGAUUGGCUGUGGAGGCUGGCUCUGCUGCAGAUGGACCUGCCCUCCCUGAACCCAUGUCAGAGGAGAGGAAAGAAUGGUUGAAAGGAGCUCUUGCGGAAGUGGCCAAAGGACAGAACAGCGAGGUGGAACAGAUGAAGGAGUGUAUGCGUGUUAUGCUGAGAGAUGGAGGGUGUGAGAGGGGGAGAGAGGGAGAGGAGGAUGAAGAGGAUGAAGAGGGGGAGACAGAAAGGGCACUGGAGUUUCUCUCAGAGCUGUGUGAGAACCUAGACAAUGCCAGAGACCUGAUGACCCUGGGUGGGUUGGACCUGUGUAUGUCGCAGUGCUUGAACCAUCCUCAGGGCAGCGUGAGGUGGCGUGGUGCCCAGCUCAUCGCCUCCUGUGCCCAGAACAUGCCCGAAGUGCAGUGCCACUUACUCAGCAAGGGGGCGCUAUCCAAACUGCUGCAGCUGACUGACUCAGAUCCCCACCCCACCGUUCGAGUGAAGGCCCUCUACGCUGUCUCCUGUCUGGUGCGUGAGCAGGAAGUAGGUCUCAGGGCCUUCCUGUCUCACGAUGGCUUCUCUGUGCUGAUGAGAGGCAUGCAGUCUGACAACGAGAAACUGAGGACCAAGUCGUCUUUCUUACUCCUCAACCUGCUCACAGUCCACCCAGAGCAUAAAGAUACAGUUCUCUCCAUGGGUAUGGUGCAACAGCUGGUGUCCGUUCUACGCACGCCUCACUCCUCCUUCCACGAGCAUGUGCUCGGCGCCCUCUGCUGCCUGGUGGAGGAGAGUCCUCUGGGUCUGAGGGACUGUCAGAGCCCCACCUUGGGGCUGGAGGAGAUGCUCAACCAGCGGGCUGAGGAUCUGCAGGGGAGAGAGGAGUGUCAGGAAGAGUUGGAGUUCUGCCAGCGCUUGCGUUCUGCUUGUUUCUGCGGACGGAAACCUGACGACAGUGGAAUGGAUCGCUGAAAUCCAACUGGUCCUCCACUUCUCCUGCAGUGCCGUCAUUGGCUAGGAGACAUAGGAGGACAUCCAUUUAAAAAAUGAACUCUCCUUGAGGAAAAUAUGCUGAUGUGGUUUGUCCAUCUAGACCCAUGUUACAGGGCGGCUGGAUCCAACAGUGUAGCAGGCUUUAGAGAGCAGAGGGUGCUUCACUAAUCACUGUCACCAGGCAACGCAGAUUAACUUCAGCGAUCUCUUGUGUCCAGUCACUUCUACCAUGUCCAGUCUAUAUAUCAUUAUGUAUUGGAUAUACACCUGACUACUUCCUGCUGACCUCUUGCAAAAGAGGUUUCUAACUUCAAAGGUGUUUUCCUGGAUGAAUAAAGAUAUAAUAUUUUAUUUUCCGAUAGUACCGCAAGUCAUUUCUGAACAUUUAUUCAGGUUCUCUGAUCCUGCUUUGUGACGUACUUCCCCGUGUUGCUGUUAUGCUGCUGAAGAAAACAGAUUAGAGAAGCCUUGACCUUUGGAUUCUGGGUGUGCCCAACAAAACCUCAGAUUCCAGACAUAAAAUAUCAGAUGUAACAUUUUAGUGGUAAUGCUAUUUUACAGCCCUGUCACCAUUUAUUUAUCUGGCAUAGUGUGACGUUAUUUGGUAAUAAUUGGUAUCCUCUUGUACUCAUUAAAAUUAUUUACCAAGUGACAACUAGUUAUUGGGUAAUAUUAAGUAAUUUACACUGUUUAAACUACAUAAAAUAGUUAUGUUUCUGAAUAAGUAGCAGGUAAUUAGGCUGUAAAAUAAAGUUACCCGUUUAGCAUCUUUCAGCUUUCAGCUUCAUUAGUCAGAUGUUUUAUUAGAAUCCAUUUUGAUCAAGUUUCACUACCCAUAAAUCAUUUCUGUUGGCCUCUUGUGUUUGGCUUUGUUAAUGACUGUCUUUCAUUCAGAAUAUCCACCAUUUGUCAAUGUUUUUUUUUAGAUGUUUCUGUCUUGUCUGUGCCUAUAAACAUAAUUGAUGACUUUUGCAGAGUUCUUAAGUCUGAAAUAACAUGAAAUAUGUAACACAACUUUGUUUAUUUUUCAUCCUCAUUUCAUCAUGAAUAAAUACACAUUUUCUUUUUUCAUAAGGGACUUCA